AUGGAGCCCGGCUGUGUGCAGGCAGCGAUGGCCAUGGGAGAUGUCUCGAAAAAAGCGUCGGCUAGGAACGUGGCGGUGGAGAGAAAAAACCUCAUCACCGUCUGCAGGUUUUCAGUAAAGACACUGUUGGAGAAAUACACAGCCGAGCCCAUUGAUGAUUCAUCUGAGGAGUUCAUCAAUUUCGCAGCCAUCCUUGAACACAUCCUCAGCCACCGUUUCAAAGGCUCUGGCAGCUGGUUCGAUGGUCAGAGGAGUUACUGGGACUACGUCCGCCUGGCCUGUGCUAAAGUCCCCAACAGCUGCAUCAGCAGCAUUGAGAGCAUGGAAAACAUCAGCACCUCACGAGCCAAGGGCCGAGCCUGGAUGAGAGUAGCCCUGAUGGAGAAGAAGCUGUCUGAGUACAUCGCUACUGCUCUGAGGGACAGCAGAACAACCAGGAGGUUCUAUGCAGAAGGAGCCAUCAUGUUAAGAGAAGAAGCCACGGUCCUUACAGGGAUGCUCAUAGGUCUUGGAGCCAUAGACUUUAGUUUCUGUCUGAAAGGGGAAGCCUUGGAUGGGAAAUCCUCAGCAGUGAUUGAUUACACACCGUACUUGAAAUUCACACAAAGCUAUGAUUACCUGAGUGACGAUGACGAUCAACGGAGUGUUGACAGCAGCACAAGUGAUGACAGUGUCCCCGAACACCCCUAUAUCCCCCUGGUCACCGAUGAGGAGAGCUGGAGCACAAAGUGUCGCAAGAUGGAGCAGAGGUUCAAGAUUGUCAAUGCUCAGAAGGGUUACCUGGAGGAGCUUGUGCGCCUGCGUGAGUCCCAGCUGAAGAACACAGAGACCGAGAACAAGAGGCUAAAGGCCCGGCUGGAGGAGCUACAGAGCCAGAGCCAACAGGAAAAGAAGGAACUGGAGGCCAUUGUCCUGGAGCUUCAGGAGCAACUGAGGAGUUUCCCCAGCACAGAACUGCUGUCAGUGGAGGUCAGCCUCGAUUCAGACUCCCAGAGGGUUGAGGGGAAACGGAACGGAGGAGCCUGGUGCACCGGUGCCAUUUUAAAACAGUCACAUAAAAAGGACUACACCCCCUCCAUGAUGGGCCUGUGUGGGUCCUUGGCCUCCCUCCCAAGCUGCAAGUCCCUGACUAGCCUCAAGUCCAGCGAGUGCCUGGUAAACAUCAGCACAGAGAACAGUCCUGCUCUCUCUCCCAGCUAGGGGGCGCCAAAGAAACACUGCCAACCAAUUAACAGACUGAGACAAUUCAACCUGAAAAAAUAAAGACAACUUUUGGUAGGCGGACAAAUGCACUCUCUUUCACGGCCCUUAUGUGAGUCCCUUUACGUUGCCCAGCACUCUCUCAACUUACACCUUUUAAGUGUUUGUGAAAGAGUAGCCUCCCUGUCUGGGACUGUCCGACAAAGACGCAGGAAUAGCUGCUGUACUGCCUGACGGCCUCCUUCAGUUUCACUGUCUUUCAUUGUCUUGACAUGAUUAAGCCUCCUGGAAUGCAAACAACUGGUUCAAGUUUGACCUCUCUUACAUCAUGACGCUUGAUUUUGUGCAAUUACAGUGAUGUAUCUGUACUGGUCACUUUCAUCAAAACUCACUGUAGGGUUUUUCUGUAUGAACCUGCCAUUUGUCUGUGUCUUAUCAGUCUGUGAGUGUAUCUCAUGUUGCCUUUUGUAUUAUACUGGCAGGAUGGGUGAGCUGUUAUAACCUGUUAUAAACAGAAAGAAAGUUUUGCCAUAUUAUAUUACACUAUUAUAAGAGGAAGAGAUAAAAAAAAAGACAGGCUUUUAAUGUGCUGAGUCAAAAAUGUGGCCAGAGGGUUAUUAACGGACAAAGCUUUAUGAUAUUAGUAUGAAUGGCAUUUUAGGCCUUAUUCGAUCAUGCGGUAGGGUAGAUAAAGAUUUUAGGAUGUGACAAGCACGACCUGUCAGGCUACCAAGGUUUGCAGAGGCACUACAAUGUGAACAUCAAAAAUCAAACAGACAUAAUAUCUAUUGCAUACAAAUGCAAAGUGCAUUGUGACUAUGCAGAAUGAAUGUUUUCAUUGUCUUUUUCUACAAACCUGGCUUGAUAGAGUAGUUUGAGCAGCAGAAAAAUAGUGAAUGUGCAACGUGCGUAUGUGUGUCAUUCGUUUUUUUGGUCUUCAAUUUUUUCCCGCCUUUUCUUUUUAUAUUAUAAUUCAUUUCAUGACAUACACUUACUU